CGGCCGAGACCCCGCAACCCCCAGCAACAGUUGGCUGGGCUCCUGACAGCCCGGGUCUCGCGAGGCUUGGCGGCCCCCAGGCGCUCGCGCUGCGCGCCUGCCCCACAUCGCUAUUGGAGCGGCCGCGGCAGCUCGCGGUGGCUGCCGAAAGCCCGGAAGGGAGGCUGCGCCCCGCAGAUCUCGCGAGGCUCGGAGAGGCGCGCCGGGAGCCCGGAGUGUGCCGGGCCGCCGGAGCGCCCGCGGGAGGUGCACGAUGGCGGCUCAGGCGCUGGCGCUGCUCAGGGAGGUGUCGCGACUGGAAGCGCCCUUGGAGGAGCUGCGCGCGCUUCAGUCGGUGCUGCAGACCGUGCCGCUCAGCGAGCUCCGCGAGCAAGCGGCGGAACUGCGCCUCGGCCCGCUGUUCUCCCUGCUCAACGAGAACCAUCGGGAACAGACCACUUUGUGUGUAUCCAUUCUGGAGAGAUUGCUCCAAGCUAUGGAGCCAGUUCACGUGGCCCGGAACCUCAAGGUUGACCUGCAGAGGGGACUGACUCACCCCAAUGAUUCCGUAAAAAUUCUCACUCUGUCCCAGGUUGGAAGAAUUAUUGAAAAUUCUGAGGCUGUUACUGAGAUUCUAAAUAAUGCUGAAUUACUAAAACAAAUUGUUUAUUGUAUUGGUGGAGACAAUCUGUCUGUAGCUAAAGCGGCCAUUAAAUCCCUGUCAAGAAUAUCGUUAACCCAAGCUGGACUGGAGGCUUUGUUUGAAAGCAAUCUGCUGGAUGAUUUGAAAAGUGUCAUGAAAACAAAUGACAUUGUUCGAUACAGAGUGUAUGAGUUAAUUGUGGAGAUUUCUUCUGUAUCACCAGAAUCUUUAAGCUAUUGCACCACCAGUGGAUUGGUAACCCAGCUCCUCAGAGAGCUGACUGGGGAGGAUGUGCUGGUCAGAGCCACCUGUAUAGAAAUGGUGACAUCACUGGCAUAUACUCAACAUGGACGACAGUACCUUUCUCAAGAAGGAGUGAUUGAUCAGAUUUCUAAUAUAAUUGUUGGGGCAGAUUCAGACCCUUUCUCUAGCUUCUAUUUGCCAGGGUUUGUGAAGUUUUUUGGAAACCUAGCUAUCGUGGAUAGUCCUCAACAGAUCUGUGAGCGUUAUCCUGUCUUUGUGGAAAAAGUCUUUGAAAUGACAGAAAGUCAGGACCCCACCAUGAUUGGUGUAGCAGUGGACACAAUUGGAAUCCUGGGAUCCAAUGUUGAAGGAAAACAAGUUUUACAAAAAACAGGAACUCGCUUUGAACGCUUGCUCGUGAAAAUAGGAUAUCAAGCAAAAAAUGCCUCAACAGAACUCAAAAUUAGGUGUUUGGAUGCAAUUUCAUCUAUUUUUUAUUUACCACCUGAGCAGCAGACUGAUGACCUCCUGAGGAUGACAGAAUCCUGGUUUUCUUCUUUAUCUCGGGACCCGCUGGAGCUCUUCCGUGGCAUCAGUAAUCAGCCCUUCCCGGAACUGCACUGUGCUGCCUUAAAAGUGUUCACGGCCAUCGCAAAUCAACCCUGGGCUCAGAAACUUAUGUUUAAUAGUCCAGGGUUUGUGGAAUAUGUGAUGGACCGGUCUGUGGAGCAUGACAAAGCUUCAAAGGAUGCCAAAUAUGAACUGGUUAAAGCACUUGCCAACUCUAAGACAAUUGCAGAAAUCUUUGGGAACCCAAAUUAUUUGAGGCUCAGAACUUACCUGAGUGAAGGUCCAUACUAUGUGAAACCUAUUUCCACAACAGCCGUGGAAGGAGCGGAAUGAUUUCUUCUAGAGGGUAGACCCGUUUUUUGACCAAAACUUCUAAGGCAUUUGACUUCGCAAGUGUUUUACAAAACAGAGACUUCCCUUGCCCCAGAAUUAUCAUGGAGUGUCUGAUGUAACUUUAUCACAUUCAUUUGUGGUGUUUCUACAUUGAAAUACAGUAUGGAACCGGGAAAGCAAGCAACUUGAUCAUACUUACACCAGGUGUUUUUCAGAUUUCUUUGACUGCCUCAAUCUUUCCAAGAAGAUGGAAGUUUUGUUCUCUCAGAAAAUUUUCAUGGACUUACCCAUUGUCUUAUUUAAAAUUGUAAAUGUUUUAAGUAGAAUGGAACCAACUUGUUUCUGAAUUCUCUUCACCACCUUUUUUUUGUUGGGGGGGGGGGUUCCUAUACCCCCUUCUGAUUCCACUUGCAAGUCUUGGAUAUACAGAUGCUUUGAAAAACAAUAUGGGAAUUUUGAAAUUAUGUUCUCCGUACUAAGAAUAAAUGCUUUUAAUAAGG